AUGCAGUACGGAAGACGCGAGAGCUUUACAACCGGUCACUUGCUCUGCAACUGGAGCAGUUUUGUGCCAAGACUGAAAUACAAAUGGCUGAUGAUUUUAACAAACGGUCCAUCCAAGCUCAAGAAGUUUGUAGGCAAGGGUGGAGAGAGGCAAAGGCUUGGCGCUCUCGUGGACAGCAAAGAAGAGGAUCUUAUAAAGAGUCUGGAUGAAAAAAAUUAUUUCCAGAGGACGCAGCUCAAGAAAAAACUAGAGCAGAAGGUGCUUGAGGAAAAACUAGAUUUCAUUCAGAAAACAACCAAUAAUCAUGAGGCCAUAUUGCGAGCUAAGAAGUUUACCCUUGACCGCGAGUUAGAAGAGAAGGUGGACAUUAUCAACGAUGGUGUCGAAAAUUGGAAGCUUCAUAUGGUUGGGGAGCUUGCUGAACUUGGGCCUAACGUCAAACGACACGAGCUGAAUGUUCAGACAUUUAGUGAUGACGUCUUUGCUUUUGCAAACACAUGCUUCAAACUGCAGUUAGCGCUGACCACGGACCCUUUCCCGCAGCUCAACUGGAAGCACCAGCUGCAGCCCAUCAAGCCCUACAUCAUCCAGAUCAUUGGGAACGAUGCUGUCCUAAAGGAAUUUGUUGAGACAGUACGUGGUCAAUAGCAUUCCAGCACAAGUGUUCAACCGAGGUGUUUAUACUGAAAACGCCCUGAAGCAGCGUUUCAGUGAGGUGGAGCCCAUUGCAAGAAAGGUGUUGUUGCUCAAGCAGAAGGACAACAACUCAAUGUUCCUCUACAUCGCGUCAUACUUGCGCUCCAUUCUUUUGGUCCAUCCUGUUAGCUGCAUCUCCCACACAGAGAAGGUCAACCAGCCCCUCAAUCUUAGUUCACUGACCAACGAACAGCUAUUGGACAGGGCUAAGUACUUCAUGGAGCUGGGAGACUUGCGCCAAGCAGUAUUGUACGUUAACAUGCUGCAUGGAGUGGCGCAAUGUGUGACAAGUGGAUGGGCCGAGGAGGUGGUGCUGCACUUGACAGUCGCUCG